AUGAUGUUGAAUUUGGAGAUGAAGAACUUGUUGAUCGUGCAUCAUGCUCCUGUAGUAGAUAUUGAGCCAGUGCCUGCGACAGAAUCUGGUACAGAGGAAGAAACAGAAUCUAUCACAGAAGAAGAAGUAACAGAGUCUUUGAUUGAGCAAGUGACAGAUGCUGUCACUAAUGAAGUAUUGACUUCAUCUACCUAG